AUGGGCCUCAACAACUGGAUCCAUGAUACCAACCUGCGGGUUGCGCGCAGCCCCGUGGGGAGGUGGUUUCGUCUCGAGAACUCUGGCCAUGCGAAGGAACGCAAAGGCAGUUUCUUCUUCACUGAGCUGCGCGGCGGUCUGGCCACCUUCUUCGCCAUGGCCUACAUCAUCUCCGUGAACAGCAACAUUACCUCGGAGACGGGCGGGACAUGCGUGUGUCCCCCGGAGGGCCUGGCAGACAACUGUGCGACCAACUCCGAAUACCUGCUCUGCGUGCAGGAAGUCAAGCGCGAUAUCGUAACCGCCACCGCCGCGAUCGCCGCUCUGUCGACCUUCUGCAUGGGUCUGUUCGCCAACCUGCCGAUCGCGCUCGCGCCGGGCAUGGGCUUGAACGCCUAUUUCGCAUACACGGUGGUGGGCGUACACGGCAACGGCAUGAUCCCGUACCGGGUGGCCCUAACCGCGGUAUUCGUCGAGGGAUGGGUGUUCCUGGGCCUGACGCUGAUCGGGAUGCGACAAUGGCUGGCGCGUGCUCUGCCAGCGUCAAUUAAGCUGGCGACCGGUGUCGGCAUUGGACUGUACCUCGCGCUCAUCGGUCUCACGUAUAGCGCGGGCAUUGGGUUGGUGCAGGGCGGUUCCGACAGUCCGAUUGAGCUGGCCGGGUGUGCGUCGCAGUACAUUGACUCCGACACGGGCUCGUGUCUGAGCAGCCAGAAGAUGCGCAGUGCCACGAUGUGGGUGGGCAUCUUCUGUGGCGGCAUUAUGACGGCCCUGUUGAUGAUGUACCGCAUCAAGGGCGCGGUGAUUUUCGGGAUCUUGCUUGUUUCCAUCAUCUCUUGGCCGCGAACCACGCCGGUCACCUAUUUUCCGUAUACGGAGCUGGGGACAAGCAUGUUCGACUUUUUCAAGAAGGUGGUCACUUUCCAUCCCAUCACGCACACUCUGAAUGUCCAGCAAUGGGAUAUCUCUGGUCAUGGCGGCCAGUUCGGACUGGCGUUCAUCACGUUCUUGUAUGUCGAUAUCCUGGAUACUACAGGUACCAUGUACUCAAUGGCCCGGUUUGCCGGUGCCAUCGAUGAGAAGACGCAAGAUUUCGAAGGAAGCGCCAUAGCCUAUAUGGUCGACGCCAUUUCCAUCUCGAUUGGCUCCCUGAUGGGCACGCCGCCCGUAACCGCAUUCGUUGAAUCUGGCGCCGGUAUCUCAGAAGGCGGCAAAACAGGCCUCACCUCCUGCACGACCGGCAUCGCGUUCUUCAUCGCCGUGUUCUUCGCCCCGAUCUUCGCAUCCAUCCCACCCUGGGCCACCGGCUGCACCCUUGUGAUCGUCGGCGCACUCAUGGCCAAGGCAGCAACGGACAUCAACUGGCGCUACUACGGCGACGCGAUCCCCGCGUUCCUGACCAUCGCCAUCAUGCCCUUCACCUACAGCAUCGCAUACGGGCUCAUCGCCGGCAUCCUGAGCUAUAUCACCCUGAACACGAUCGCAUGGGGUCUUGAGAAACUCAGCGGCGGCCGCAUUGUCCCACCCAACAAGGACGAGUCGGAUCCGUGGUCGUGGAAGGUGCCCGGCGGCUUUCUGCCGCCGUGGGUCAAGCGCGCCGCGCAUGGGAAGAAGGAUUUCUGGCGCGCCGAUGAGGAGAGCCACGGCGUGGCGGAAUCGGAGUCUUUCGGGUCGUCGCAGGAGCGGGUUGCCCUUGAGAAGGGCCAGGGCCGUGAUGAAUCUGUUCCCCCCAAGGCUGUAUGA